AUGCGGACGGGAGAGAGGGAAGAGGCGAACGCGAAGCAGCGACGGACGAAAGGCGGCGCCAUCGUCUUCUCGGAGUUCUUCCCUCCAGCACACUCGCUUGCUUUCCCUCCCUCCUUUGUUUCUCCAGUGUACUCCCUUCCGAGGGAAACUGUAAUCACUCCGAGGGACGCGGCACUUCGUGCCUCUUUCAACCCUGCACUUCCGGAUGUGUCGGCACUUUCAUCUUCUGUCCCUCUCCCUUCCGUCCCUCCCUCUGCCGCGGCUUCAGCCUCCGCGAGAUAUCCUUCUUCCUUCGAUUCGCCUUUCUCCACUGCGUCUCCGCCGCUCGCUCGGUCCCCCCUCUUUGCAUACGGGCCCAAGUAUCCGUACGCGACGCAGUCCAACCGCAUCAACAAGAAGCCGCCGUGUGUGCUGUCGUCUCCCUCGGCCUUUCCCGCGCUCCUCCUGGCUCUGCCUCCGCUGAACAUCACUGCUGUGAAUCCAGCCUACGUGGGGCAACACGUGCGAUUGCCGGUCACCCCUUCUGCGGACUUCUUCUCGCUUCUGACCGCUCCUCGUCUCGCCGCCUUCUUUCCGCCGAGCACGCGCAUUCGGCGGUAUUUGCGCGGGCCGGGCGGCAUCGAGCUUCGCGACGACAGCCAGCCCUACUUUGCGCUUCUUCGGGAGCUCUCGGAAGCGAGGCGACGCGACGACCAGGGCGGAGACCUCGAAUGCCAGAAAAACGAUAGCGAGGCGCCACGCCCAGACGAAGGCCGGAGCCGAGGCCGCGCGAACGAGGGGCCGCCGCACGGCGGAAGUUCCCUCUUUCCUGAGAGAGGGGAAAUGAGGAAGCCAGCGCAUACUGCGCCGCGCCGAGGUGUAGAGACACCCGAUCGGCGGGUCUGGACCGAGUACGCAGACCUCCUCGACUUUGUAAAGAGGCGCGAGGAAGGCUCCGCUAGUGCCGAUUUGCACGCGAAGAACUCCGAUCAGACAGACGAGCGUGGAAACGCGUGCGCGGCGGGCGAAUGCACCGCCAGCGAACGGGGACGUUCUGGGGCCGACACGGACGAAGGCGCGCUGCGUGGAGACGCGGAACGCGAGGCACGGGAGCACCCAGAGUAUCGCGUCUUCUUCGAGGAGAUUGCAAAGAUAUCCGAGAGAAAGAAACAAAUGUACAAAGGCAAGAAACCUUGGCGAGAAGACCUCCACCCCACCAAGAGCAUCUUCGACCAGCCGUGCUUCCCUGGGGACGCUCUGCCCUACAUUCAGCAGCACAACGAAGAGAUGAUCCAGACCGGGAAGCUGGACCAAGUGAUCAAUGAAGACGAGCUACGAUGCGACGCCCUGUGGGCCGACGACGAGGGCAGAAUCGUCAAGCUGCAGGCGAACGUGCACAUUAGCGAAAUUCGAAGCGCCCCAAAUCUGGCUCCCGUGACCCGCGAAAGGCAAGAGCUGAUGAAGAAGCUGCCGAACCCGGAGCCGCAGUGGCGGUUUGUUGUCACUACUCACCUCGGGUACAUCGAGGAGAAAAAGCUGAAGGUGGGAGACGUCCCGGAGAUGUUCAGUGCCAAGUACAUGCGAGAAAUAUGGAACAAUCACUUCGCGCUCCCGAAGCGAGGCCGCCAGCCGCUGGUCCUCGACGACGGAUCAAUAGUCCCCUAG